AUGCGAGGAUCAAAGCUCGUGCCAAUCGGGCGCGAGGUCGCAGGGCCCGUGGCGGAAGAGGUGGCACAUUCCCAGAUCGCAUUAUUCGAGGCGGAACGGGAAUUGGCGCAUUCUCCUCCGAGAGAGGUCUUGGUGGACUAUGGAGGCUCCAAGCCCAAAGUGUUUGCUGGUGGCUCAGGAGGCGGCUCAGGCAGCGGCGCAGGAGGCGGUCGGGGACGAGGAGUCAAGUCUGAGAAGGGCCAGGAUCUGUUCUACAGCAGUAACAGUCGCAACUCGGGACCCCGUGUCAAUGCCGACGACCUCGCUCCGACCAUUGACCUGACUGACGUGAAAGAUGAAGAGGAAGUUGGACGCAAGCGGGCUGUCAUGCCCAUGGGCAUGGUUCGACAUGAACAUAAAGAUCCUGAGGUGGUUGUGGCGACAUCAGCAGAGUUGGAGGCUGCAGAGCAAGCGAUGUCUGGUGAAACUAGCAGCUCGGAAGAUUUGAUUAUGACUGAUGCGACGGACUAUAAGAUCGUCGACGAUGAAAAGGUCUGGCCUGGCGCCCCACAAAAGCGACGUAUUAAGGUCGAAGACGAAAAUGGCGAGCAGAUUGAGAUAACCGAAAUCGAUGAGCUCGCUGCCCGAAGAUCUGCCGUGAAGCCGCCAUCCUCACCAGAGCAGAAGAAGAAGGUAGCCAUCCUCGAAAACACCGAAAUCAAACCACCUAGACCGCGACGCGCUGCACCCAAAGACCCCGAAGACGAGGAAGCCGAGGACGAUCUCUCAUACAUCCUUCGCCUAUUCGGCAUCACACAACCCGAGGGCGUUGACAUGUCAGAUAUACCUGUUGAAGAACGCGUGCCUCCUGUCUCUCAGGCUGGCAAUAUGUACCUUUUCCAACUUCCGCCAGUUCUCCCCCCUCUCGCCGCUCAUUCUGAACCCAAAUCUACAAACCCCGUUAAGGACGAGCCCAACGAUGAUGUGGUCAUGCUUGAUGCCCCUGUUAAGGGAAGCGGCGGUACAGUCGACCUCACUUCUGAAGAUCAGACUGCAAUCAAAAUAGAGGAUAGUAUCGAACCAGAGACAGCUAGCAAAGGCAAGAUCCCCUCGGAUGCUGAGCUAUACGGAAAGGGAGGCUUCGUCGGCAAACUCAACGUCCGCAAAUCAGGCAAGAUAGAGCUUGUCUGGGGUGGCAAGACGCUUGAGGUAUCACCAGGCAACCCAGUCUCUUUCCAAACCUCAGCCAUCAUCACCGAGAAGGACGAUACGAAACCGCAACCGGGUGAGAAGGCUGGGCACAGCUAUGGCAUGGGAGAUAUCAAGGGCAAGUUUGUGGUCGCGCCAGUUUGGGCUGAGGAGGAAGAAUGGAUUGUCGAUGCUUCAGAGCUUCCCCCGAAUGGUAUCGAUGCAGCUUCAUGA